AUGGCGCAACAAGACCUCGUUAUGGAUCAUGCCGAGUUACCUGUUGAGGGCGAAGGUGAUCGCAGUCAAUUAGAGGGUAAGGAUGAUGCGGCUUUACUGCAAACCAUGGGCUAUAAGCCGGUGCUUCAUCGAACAUACACCUUGUUUGAGAACUUUGCCACUACUUUUGCUGCGCUGUACUUUGUCGGUGGUGUGCGUGUCACUUAUAGUACUGGUAUUGCAGCUGGUGGAAACUUGGCCUACUGGACCAGCUACUUGGUUACCCUGGUCUUCACUUUUAUCACUGCUGCUGUUGUGGCGGAGGUUUGCUCGGCCUCUCCCUCAGCUGGUUCCAUUUAUAUUUGGGCAGCCGAAGCUGGUGGCCCUCGAUUUGGUCGUCUUCUUGGCUUCACUGUUGCGUGGUGGAGUACAACAGCAUGGACCACCUUCUGUGCUAGUAACACCCAGGCUGCGGCUAACUAUAUGCUUGCCGAAUUAACUGUAUUCAAUGUCGACUUUCCCAAAGAUACUGACAGUGUCAAGUUCCGUGCUGUGCAAUGGAUCUGUACAGAGGUUCUGCUCGCCCUCGCUGCUCUUCUGAACUUCCUGCCUCCACGCUACUUCAAGUACGUUUUCUGGGUAUCUGCCGGAUUCGUCAUGUUGGACUUCUUCAUGAACCUCAUCUGGUUGCCCAUUGGAGCUGCCAACACUUGGGGUUUCCGCUCUGCCCAUGAGGCUUUUAUGACCACUUACAACGGAACCGGUGCCCCAGAUGGUUGGAACUGGUGUCUUUCCUACUUGGCUACCGCUGGUAUCUUGAUUGGAUUUGAUGCCUCGGGUCACGUUGCCGAGGAGACCAAGAACGCCUCGGUGACUGCUGCCCGUGGUAUCUUCUGGAGUACUGUUGCCAGUGGUAUUGGUGGAUUGUUCACCAUUCUUCUAUUCCUGUUCUGCGCACCCACCCCGGAUGUUCUGAUGAGUUUUGGAUCCCCACAACCUUUCGUCCCAUUGUAUGCUGUUGUUCUGGGCAGAGGCGGUCACAUUGUCAUGAACGUCGUCUGCAUUCUUGCUCUAUGGCUGAACACCGCAAUUGCCAUCAUCGCCGCCUCCCGUCUUGUAUUCGCCGUCGCCCGUGAUGGAGUCCUUCCAUUCUCCGGCUGGGUCUCCAAGGUUAAUAACGGUCAACCACGCAACGCCGUUAUCGUAGUCUGGGGUGUUGCCGCACUCAUUACCUGCACCAUUCUCCCAUCAAACGUGGCUUUCACUUCCCUCGUCUCAGCCGCAGGUGUUCCCAGCGCCGCCGCAUACGGCCUCAUCUGUCUGGGUCGUCUAUUCUGUACCCCGAAGCGUUUCCCCAAGCCCAAAUGGAGUUUGGGUCGUUGGAGCAAGCCAUUUCAGUUUAUUGGUGUUUUCUGGAACGGUUGGGUAGUUGCUGUGUUGUUCUCGCCGUAUGAGUGGCCCGUUACCGGAGGCAACUUGAAUUAUGCCGCGAUCAUCAUGGCUGGUGUUACUAUUCUUGCUUUGAUCUCAUACUUCAUCAUGCCGGAGAAUGCUUGGCUCCCUAAUGAGCGUAUUACGCAUUUCAUUGAUUCUAAGGGUGCUGUUGAGACUGUUGAGGAGGUUGAGGUUCAUACUGACCACGGGGAGCCGAGUCACACCAGGUGA